UGUAAAGCGAAUGCGAAUUAAUCCAAUACGGUGGAUGAAAAAAAACAAAAAAUUAAAUUGAAAUUAUGAAAUAGCAGCAUGGAGCGCUACGGUAAAUCAUCAUAACUCCGUUAACCGUUCCCCCAUUCCCACAACCCCUUCGCUUCAAGUCUUCGUCAUUUCUGCAACUACUUUCCUCCUUUUCUUCUUCCCAGUGUUUCAGAUCACCUACACUCUCUCUCUCUUUCACAAUUGGCUUUCACCAGAACUGGAGGAUUGCGCGAUUUUGUAUUCGGAGUUUGAACAUCUUUGACGGAUGCGAUUUCUCUGAUUCUAAGCUUAUAACUACUACCACAGCGCAACAGAAUUUGAAAUUAGUCGAUACAAAUUAUGUGUGAGCGAGUGAGUGUAAGAGUGAAAGAUCUGCCCUCGCUUACUACUACGCCUACUAACAUUGUUCUUACAAGUGUUUAAGAUCACCUACUUUCACCAAAUCGAAGAUAAGCCGGCAGUGUGAAUAAUUGAUUCUGAUUUGGAUCUUUUAAGUUGAAGGUGAGGAAUAAUGAUAAACACACAACUAGUGGAGAUUCAACCUCGUGAACUCAAGUUCACAUUUGAGGUGAAGAAACAAAGUUCAUGUGCAGUUCACAUAGCUAAUAUCACAGACCAAUAUGUAGCUUUCAAGGUGAAGACCACAUCACCUAAGAAAUACUGUGUCCGGCCUAAUAUAGGUGUUAUCAAACCAAAGUCAACAUACGACUUCACAGUUACCAUGCAAGCUCAGAAGACUGCUCCAUCCGAUAUGCAACGCAAGGAUAAGUUUUUGAUUCAGUGCACGGUUGUCCCUUUUGGAACUAGUGAAGAUGAAAUUCCUUCCAGCAUGUUCAACAAAGAUAAUGGAAAAUAUAUCGAAGAGUGCAAAUUAAAGGUUGUUCUGGUUAGCCCACCCCAGUCUCCAGUUCUGCAACCAGCUAAUGGAAUUUCCAAGCAAGGUGCAUUUAUUGAUACUUCGAUGCAACAGGAAAAAUUUCCAAGUGGUGUUGAAAACCUUCCUCUAGCUCAACCUAAGUUAUCUUCCCAAAUGCAGGUGGUUAAGAACAUCAAGGAUAUUAAAUUUGAGGAAGAAACAGAGGAGCCAAGAUUGGGUAACAUUGCAGACGUCAAAGAUCUGAACUUUGAAAAAAAUACCGAGUCCAAUAUUGUUGAGAUUGACGAAACAAUAUACCAAGUGGUUGAGAACAACAAGGGUGCAGAUUUUGAUGCAGAAGAAGAGGAACCAAGAUUGGCUAAGACUGCAGAAGACGUCAAGUUAAAUUCUCCUAAGCACAGGGAGUCUAAUACCAAUGACGUUGUCAAAUCAAGACAUCUGAACAUGGAGACGAAAUUGUCAGUAUCCAAAGAUGUUGAGGAGCUAAAGUUCAAGAUAGAUUCACUGGAUUCUCAGCUAAUUGAGGCUGAAUGCAUAAUUGCAAAGUUUAAAGAAGAGAAGCGAAGUACCAUCAAAGACGUGGAAAAUUUGAAGCAAGAAUUGGCAUUACUAAGGACAAAGGGUGUUGGAAAGAGAGCUCAAGUUGGUUUCCCCCCGUUAUUCCUUUGCAUGGUUGCAUUAAUUUGUCUCACCAUUGGGUAUCUUGUACGUGCUUAACAAGGAUUUUGUAUGGCUUUGGUCUAUUGUAACUGUGUAGGAACUUACAAUGUCUUCAGCAUAUUGACAUCGCAUCUUUUUUUUUAAUAGCUGUCAACCUAACGAGUUUUUUCAAAAUGAGUAGUGUGUAAGAGAGUGGAGUUCAUAAGGGAAAAAAAAAAUUCAGUAAAGGAUGGAGUAAGAGUUGUGUAUCCUGGAGCAGAGCAAAUGGCAAUUGGGUUGGUCUAAUUUUUACUGUUCAUUUCUUAAUUGUCGUGUAUUAUUAUCCCAUUAUUAAUAUGAAACUGUUGGGAUUUGAACUA